AUGACAUCUCAUGACCCAAUCCUCAGCGCUCAUGAAGUCAGAGCCCUAGACCACAAACAUGCUGCUUUCCACGAUGCCGGCUCGGUGGCACUGACCGAAUGCGGCUUCUUCGUGGCCGCCAUGCAGACGCUGCAAAGUUGGGGGGUCCUGCGGCCUGCGGCAAAGGAGAAGAUUCCGACCGAGGAGCCCAAGCCGCCCGAGAAGAAUGAUGAGAUCGUCAUUCCCUUCAGCACCGAGAUCUCGGGGAGACGGUUGCGCCACAUCUCCGAGUUUGCGCUGAGGAGUCUUCCCAGCGAGCUGGUGGAUGAUGGCUACAUCUUGCAGCUGGCCUCUGGCCCGGGGACUCCGCCGCUCCUCGAGAGCCAAGCGCUCCAUACCAGGAACCCCACAUGGUCUCCACCUGACGGCCUUCGUCCUGGUGCUGAGCUGCAGGCCUUCGAGUUGCGAGUUGCCGCAGCAGGGGGCGCGCGGGAGGUGCGGUGGAGUGCCGAAGUGGACCUUCGGCAGACCGACGUGGUCGGAGAGGACCUCGAGCAUCUAGACCUGGUGGCUGAGCCCGUCUUGGCGCUGCGGAUGCGGAACACGGCCGCCUUGCCAGAGGUUUGGCUGACGCCGGGCAUUGGGCGCUGGGCCGGUGAGCGUCGCAGGCUUCCGAGCAGGAACGCCACCAGCCGGCAGAUUCAGACUUCAGAGGUCUGUCAGUCCGGAGCAAAGGUCUCCGAGCUUUGCGGGCAGCUGCAUUUCUGGAACGACCAGACAGCAGAGCUUCAGGAGCAGCUGCAGGGUCUGCUUGAAAAGCGGCGGGCAGGCUAUGCGCGGGGCGAGAAGCGUGCAGCACUCCAAAGACGUCUGGCCGAGCUUCGGGCGACUGUGGAGCGCAGGAGACAAGGUUUGGAGCUGCUGAGGGCCGAAGUGGCUGGGGAGGGCGAUGAUACGGACGCGAGGCUACGCUGGUGGCGCCGCUCUGCUGCUUCGCAGGCUUUGGAAGGGCCCUCCCGAGUGGCGGCUUAUCGGCCCACGGCUCUUCUGCUUGGCCGGCCACUUCUGCGAAGUGCCGAGGCGCAGGUGCAUAGCUCCUUGGAGCACUUUGCAGCGAGCGAAGAGGGCAAGGCUUCGGAGCACCGCCAGAUCGGCCGCCGGCUGCGCUGCCAGCAGAUCCGCCUGCUUCACGAAGUCCGCCAGGUCUAUCCGCUGCAUGAUUGUGGCAGAUACUGGACGAUCCGGGGCCUCUCCGUUGCAAGCACUGACCGGCUGAAGCAUCAAGAUCCUCAGCCAGAGACGGAGCGUGAUGUCAACACGGCCCUCGGCUUCCUCGCCCACCUCCUGGUGACGCUCGCCCGGCUGCUCCAGGUGCCGCUCAGCAUCGCCAUCCGCCGCCCUGGCUCCUCGCGAAGUGCUGUAGUGGACCUGAACGAGUCGCCCGAGGUUCUUUCACCAUCACGGGGUGCCUUCGGCCUUGGCCGUGGAGGCAAAAGGCCUGCCUCGGGCGAGUGGCCUCUUCACUACGGCCGUUCGAGCGACAAGGUGCAUUUCGAGACAGCGCUGCGGUUGCUUUCCGACGGUUUGAACCAGUUCCUCUACAGCCGGGGCUCGUCCCUGCCAGCGGGCGGCAACCUCGUGAAGUGUGCUGACGCCAUUCUACGGCACGAAAUCUACGGCGGCGAAGGGUCUGCUUAG